AUGGCUGCUACCACGAAUGGUGACCGCUCAAAGACGCUGAGCUUCAGCGACCGCUUUGUCCAAAUCAUCAACGGAAAACCUUCUCAGACGGAGAAGUCUCGAAAUGGCAUCAAUCCAGCAAACCUGACUGCGAAAGCAGAGGUGCCUGUGGCUACACGCGAGGAUCUUGAUCUUGCGGUCGCUGCGGCAAAAGAUGCAUUCAAGACAUGGUCCAAGGUUCCGUAUGAAGACCGGAAGAAGGCUGUUCUGGCCUACGCAGAUGCCGUCGACAGCUAUCGCACUCAGUUUAGAGAUCUCCUGAUCUCUGAACAAGGAAAGCCUAUUCCCCAAGCAGAUGCCGAGACAGAUGCUGCCAUUAGCUGGAUUCGAGGCAUGGCUGGCAUCUCACUCCCAGAGGAUGUUGUAGAGGACAAUGAUCAUCGAACCAUCAUCACUCGGUGGACUCCUCUGGGUGUGGUCGGGGCCAUUGUGCCUUGGAACUUUCCCCUCCUUCUUGCCACGGGCAAGAUUGCGCCGGCCCUCCUGACCGGAAAUGUCAUCAUCGUCAAGCCCUCACCAUUCACCCCAUACUGCGGGCUGAAAUUGGUAGAAUUGGCACAACAAUUCUUCCCGCCGGGUGUUGUACAGUCCUUGAGUGGAGAUGAUGAUCUUGGUCCCUGGUUGACGAGUCACAUGGGUAUUGACAAGAUCAGCUUCACUGGAUCCACGACGACAGGGAAGCUAGUGAUGCAGAGUGCGAGCAAAACUUUGAAGAGGGUCACUCUAGAAUUGGGAGGAAACGAUCCCGCUAUCGUAUUCCCAGACGUAGAUGUUGACAAGGUGGCUGAAAAGGUUGCUUUCUUCGCUUUCCUCAAUUCCGGCCAGAUCUGCCUGAACCUCAAGCGGAUAUACGUCCACGAGUCCGUUUUUGAUCAAUUCAAGGAAGCCUUGGUUAAGCACGUAAAGGGAUACAACCUUGGCGAUGGCUCGCAGCCAGGUGUCACUCAUGGUCCCCUGCAAAACUCCAUGCAGUAUGAACGAGUCAAGGCGUUCUUUUCGGACAUUGAAUCUCAGGGGUGGAAGGUUGCCGUGGGAGGCAACAUUGAGAAGUCCCAAGGCUAUUUCAUUACCCCAACAAUCAUCGAUCGUCCCCCUGAGAAGUCUCGUCUAGUUGUUGAAGAGCCCUUCGGUCCUAUUGUGCCUCUUCUAUCGUGGAGCAGCGAAGAUGAGGUUAUUUCUCGGGCCAACGACACUUCGAUGGGUCUUGGAGCAUCCGUGUGGACGAAUGAUUUGAAGAAAGCAGCCGAAGUAGCCAAACAGAUCCAAGCAGGAAAUGUCUGGAUCAAUACACACUUCGAUCUGUCACCUCUCGCACCAUUCGGGGGGCACAAAGAAAGUGGUAUUGGAACUGAGUGGGGCGCGAAUGGUCUGAAAGCUUUCUGCAAUAAUCAGACGCUUUUCUUGAACAAGAAAGUCGUCAGUUAG